CGUCUGAAAGAUGAUAGACAGCGGAGAACUGGGCAAAGAUUAUUUGCAAAAGGCCUGGGAAAAGAACCAUCAAUGGAUCAGGCCAGCAGCCCAGGGGAAUGACCGGGAGAAUGAUCGGCGGAGGAACAACCGGCAAAGAGCAGCCACCAGCCCCUGAUAAGGAACACAUUGGAAUGAUCUUUGGCGGACCUGAAGGAUUCACAGGAGAUACCGUGGAAGCUAAAGGAUCAAUAGCCCUACUAGUUGAACUCGGGUCGAGGGACAAAACCGUGCGGAAGAGGAUGCGGUUCAUUGUUGUGGACAUCAAAUGCGUCCAUAACGCAAUUCUUGGAAGACCGGGCAUCAACGAAAUCCUAGCGGUGAUCUCCAUGCCUCACUUGAGCAUGAAGUUCCACACCCCAGGUGGUGUGGGAGAGGUAAGAGGUGACCAGAGGAAUGCCCAAAAGUGCUAUGCCCGGGCAGUGAAGAAGAUGACGAAAGGAGUAAACGUCAUUUCCCAGGAAAUAACAAAGGGAGAGGCCAGGGGGAAACUUGAGCCCGAGGCUGAAACGGUGGAGAUCGAACUCCACCCGAGUGAUCCUUCAAGGACAGUCAGAAUUGGAGCAAACCUCCCUGAAGAUCUCAAGAUGGAGAUAACGCGGGUCCUCCAAGAAUACGCGGGCAUAUUCGAAUGAAGCGUGGCGGAUAUGCCUAGGAUCGAUCGCUCUGUCAUUUUCCACCGGUUGGCUGUGAGAGAAGGAUCUCGACCGGUACGCCAGAAGAAAAGAUAUCUGGUUAG